AUUAUCGUCGAACAAAAGGAAAAUAGGGGCAGCAGUCAGCACCAAAGUCACGAGAAUGAAUAGCGCGAACCACAUUUAUCGCAUCACUCUCCAAAAUCACCCUUUCAAAACCCAGCCUCUUCGCCAACCACACUCCAUAUCUGACAGUUGAGUUUGUAUAUUUAUUAUACGUGGAUACAAAUUUUGAAGAGCUAGAAUUGAGAUAUAAAUUUGAAAACUUUUUGUUGUUGUAAGAAUCAGAAAUUUCUUCAUCUUCUUAGUUCUUAAGAACAGCCAUCACCAUUCUUUAAACUUGCUCCUUUAAAUGUUCUAGUCUUGCCAUUUUCACUGUCCAGAUUUUUUAACAGAAGAACAAAAUAACAAAAAUAGAAUCUCAAACUGUUGUGCACAUAUCUUUUCUUACCAUUUAUAUCUCUGAAAUUCUGAACUGACCCAUAAUGGAGGCAAUCUAUAGCAGACUUUAUUAUUACCUGUUAAAACUUCAUAACUUCUGCAUCUUUUCAAAUUUAAAAAAAUUUCAUUCCCUAUUUAUUGCAUAGUUUUAUCUUUCCGUUUGAAAAUUAAAAUCUCCUACUUUGCCAAUUACUUUUCUCUAUUCUUUUGCACCAACAAAAAAAAAAGAGCUUUUCUCUAUUCUUUUCCAGAAUUAGUGCAGAAAACUAAUGUGCACACCUUGGGUUGUCAAGAAGUUAGCACUGUUGCCAUUUCAAGUGAUGUGCAAAUGUUCAUAUCUCAAUGAGGAAGAACUAAAUAACAGGAAAAACCGAGCUGUUUUUCCUUCCUCAACUUCGUCUUCUCAAGUAACAACACCAAAGAAAACUUCAUCCCCUUCAUCAUCGACGUCCCAAAGGGAGAUUUGUACUACAUUAGUCUCUUCCCCAAGUUCACCAGGGUCAGGAGCUAACACACCAAAAACUUUGUUAUCACCACGACGAACAGAAGCACUGGAAGGCCGAUCAGCAGCUUGGGUAGCAAAAAAUGAGGCUAGGAAUGGUGGGAGCACUCCUAGGAUAUUGCUACCUCGACUUAAGCAAGGGAAGCUCAAAAGGCGCGUUACUAUUGGAUCAACACUAUCUACUAGUAGUGGUUCAGGUGAUAUAGAGGAAGCUGAUUGGCCACCCUUUGCUGAUGAAGACUACAUUGUGUUCUGCUUUGAAGAAGAUGGUGCAUUUCAUGUUGUUAUGGAAGAGAGCCCCAAGAUUAUCACUCGAAAGCAGCUUCAGUGUGAAAAACAUGGGAAUAUCACCUGCGCAUGUAAUGAGGAGAACAGGGAUGUUAACCAUCUAACGCUUAUAAACAGAAGAGACUGUUUGUUACCACAUCAAGAGUUGCAGGCUGAUGAAAAUUUGAGUAACAGUGAAUUGAGUCCAAAGAUGCAACAAGAUGGAACUAAUGUUGGUGAUCAUUUGUUUUCGAACAACAAAUUCAUGCUUGAAAAUGAAUCGACUGAAUCAUUGGAAUGCAGAAAUGGAUCAAUUGAAUCAACUGACUGUGGUCGAUUGGAUGAUGAAGAGCAGUUCCAUAAUGAACAUAACCCUGAAGUUGAACUUUCAUUAUCACGCUGGAACUCGAUAGGCGAAGAUGAAAACAAUGACAAUGAUCUUCCUGCUUUUAAGAGACAUUGGUUGUUACCCAACAUAGAGGUUGGGGAGGAAGAUGUGUUUUUGAGUCCGAAAUCUCAGCUGGGAAUGAUGAUUAGGAUCGAAGAGCUCUUGAAGAGCGAUAAUGACAUAUCAAGCAUAGAAUCUGAUCAAUCAAGUGGUUUCAGUGGAUCAGACAGUAGAGAUGAUCAAGACGAUCAAAUCGAGGGGAACGAAGAAGUGGCUCCAGAAUCGGCUAAAUCAAGCGUCUCAAAUCAAUCAAUUAGCAGCUCAACCUCAUUUAAAUUCCCCGUGUUAGAUUGGGAAUGGACUGGGAGUCCAAUUACAUGGCCAAGAUCAGGCAGCUUUCAGUUCAGAAAGCAUAAAUCUCGUCCUGCAUGUCUUCGAUGUUGUAAAUUCUGAAAGAAUCCCCAUAUUUGUUUUUCCCCCGAAUUGAAAUACCCUCAGCCCCUCCCCUGAAAAUUUAUGAAAAGAAUUUGGCUGCAAAAA